AUGAAAUCUACAUGUGCUGCUAAUAAAAUCAGUGAGGAUGUAUACAAAAGAAGGUCACAGAGAAGCAAAGAUAAAGAUAUUGAGAGGCCCUUUCAGAUUCCUAUCCAUGAGAAAACGACAAAAUGGAAGAUGCAACUGCUGAAACUUAUUCUACUUGUCAUUCUACUUUCCGUUUUUGUUACUGUUUUAUAUUCACCUGCAGUGUGCCAUCCUGAACAAAUAUCAGAUUCUAUUUCAAGGCCAAAUUUUGUGAAAAGGUUAAUAUGGGGUGGAUCUGAUCCUAGAUAUCUGUCUCAUGAGGUUGUCAAUUGGAAUGAUAUAUCAAGCGCCAUAACGGAAAUAUCUAACAAGAAUGAAAUUCAAGGAGUUGGGAUAUUAAACUUUAAUAGUACUGAAAAGAAUAUCUGGCAACAAGUUCUCCCUAAGGCCAAACAUAUUAACCUGCAUUUAGACUAUGUAGUAGAGAAUAUAACUUGGGAUUCUUUAUACCCUGAGUGGAUUGACGAAGAACAAGAACAUGAAGUUCCGAGUUGCCCUUCUUUCCCAAAACUUGAAGUUCCUAGAAUAAGACUUGAUCUUAUUGCUGUCAAGCUUCCUUGUAGAAAUGAGGGUAAUUGGUUGAGAGACAUGGCUAGAUUGCACUUGCAGCUUGCAGCUGCUGGUCUAGCUACCUCUGCCAAAGGCUACUACCAGGUGCAAUUACUUUUUAUCACCAAGUGUUUUCCCUUGCCAAAUCUAUUUUCAUGCAAGGAACUCGUUUCACGAAAAGGCAACAUCUGGAUCUUUAAGCCAGACUUGAAUGUUUUGAGGGAGAAGGUCCAACUCCCAGUUGGCUCAUGUGAACUUUCACUUGCGCUCGAACAUAGAGAUGAAGGUCACUCGCAAAAUGUAAAAAGAGAAGCAUAUGCAACAAUCCUGCAUUCUGCUGAAGUUUAUGUCUGUGGGGCAAUAGCUGUGGCCCAAAGCAUCCGAAUGUCAGGGUCAACUCGAGACCUUGUGAUACUUGUGGAUGAAAGUAUAAAUGAGUACCACAUAAGUGGACUAGAGGUAGCAGGUUGGAAAGUUCGAAGAAUGCAGAGAAUAAGAAAUCCAAAAGCUGAGAAAGAUGCCUAUAAUGAAUGGAAUUACAGCAAGUUUCGAUUAUGGCAACUUACAGAUUAUGACAAAAUCAUCUUUAUCGACGCUGACCUACUUAUACUAAAAAACAUUGACUUCUUAUUUAGAAUGCCAGAGAUUUCGGCAACAGGAAAUAAUGGCACACUUUUCAACUCGGGUGUCAUGGUGCUGCAACCAUCUAAUUGCACAUUUCAACUUCUAAUGGAUCACAUCAAUGAGUUUGAGUCCUACAAUGGUGGUGACCAAGGCUACUUGAAUGAAGUUUUUACAUGGUGGCAUCGAAUUCCAAAGCACAUUAAUUUCUUGAAGCAUAUAUGGAUUGGUGAUGAUGAAAAAACAAAGCAAAAGAAAUCAAAACUUUUUGGUGCUGACCCUCCUAUUGUUUAUGUAAUCCAUUAUCUAGGACAGAAACCAUGGUUGUGCUUCCGAGACUAUGAUUGUAAUUGGAAUUGGGAUCUUUUACGCGAGUUUGCUAGCGAUGUUGCUCAUUUAAGGUGGUGGAAAGUGCACGAUGCAAUGCCAGAGCAGUUACAGCAGUUUUGUUUGUUACAAACUAGGCAGAAGGCACAAUUGGAGUGGCACAGAAGGCAAGCUGAGAAGGAAAACUUCAUUGAUGGACAUUGGAAAAUUGAAGUCCAUGAUCCACGUCUAAACAAAUGCAUCGACAACUUUUGUUCUUGGAAAAACAUAUUGCAGCACUGGGGAGAGACAAAUUGGACAGACCACAAAUUCCUUACUCCUUCCCCACCAGCCAUCAAAAAAGCAUUAGCUUCUCCCUUGUGA